AUGUUCACCUGCACAGGACAGUUCUGCUCAGGGUGCAGGACUGACUGGUUUGAUGACGACGACCCUUCUGGGAACGGAGACUAUGAGGUCCUCAGUGAUCUGUUGAGCAUGCACCCCAAAGAGAUCUGCCCCCAGCCGAUCGGCAUCGAGGUCCAGACCGUCUCUGGAGAACCUGCAGCAAACACCUCAGAUGUAUUCCUGAAUUAUGAUGCCACCUAUGGGUUUGCCUGUGUGAAUGCAGAUCAGCAGAAAGGGAACUGUCAGGAUUACAGAGUGAGGUUUACAUGCCCACCUGAGUUUUGUCAAGGUUGUAAGACACGCUGGUUUAACAUGGAUGAUCCUGCAGGGCAGGGGGACUACGAGACUCUCGUCCAGCUGCAGAUGCUGUAUCCCAGUGAGGUCUGCUCUCAGCCUGUGGCCAUUGAAGCCAUGAGUGUGUCUGGCAUCCCUGCACACAAGACGGGGGACGUCUUCCAAAUGGGGAGAUUUUCUGUGAAACCACUGCAGGGUUGUUUCUUAUCGACACAGACGGCUCCUGACCGCUGCUCUCGCUCGACCACAGGUUUCUUCCAGUGCACCAACAAGCUCUUUUUGAGUGAUCAGGCCACGGGACAGCAGGUCAAGGAGUUUGCACGCAAAAAUGCGGCCAACGCUUUGUCAGUGGCCAACCUGGUCAUGGGCAUGGCCUCCAUUCUCAGCAGCCUCAGUGGGCACCACCACGCAGCGUGCUGGCUGGUUCUGAUUGGCUACCUCCUGGACCUGGCCGACGGCGCGGUUGCCAGGGGCCUCGAUGCCUGUUCUGCGCUGGGAGCGAAGCUGGACGAUUUUGCAGACUUCACCACCUUCGGGAUCGCCACUUCGCUGCUCCUGAGGACGUCUGACCUGCUGGACAACGUCCUCUGCAUGUGUUACGUCCUGUCAGUGUUUGUCCGCCUGUGUUUCUUUUCAAGUGGGAUCCCGUUCAUGUACCGCGGCCUGCCCUGCAUCUACUCGUCGGCCAUUCUGGCCAGCGCCUCGCUGCUGUCGGGGGGAAACAUGGCGGUGCUGCGGGUGGUCGCAGUGGCCAUGAUCCUCUUCAUGAUAAGUCAGAACUUCUAUCCUCAUGACCGAGUGCUGGAGUCUCAGGCCUGGAAAAAAGCAGUCUAUGCUGGAGGAGUCAUCAUGGUGUUCUGCUCGUCCUUUUCCCCGGCAUGUGUGUACUACCUGCUCUGGUCUGUCUCCUAUAUUCUGUUCCCCACAUCACUUUGGAGCAGUAAAGUGUAAAGA